AGAGAGAGAGAGAGAGAGCAGAGAGAAUCAUAAAGGCGCAAGCUUUAUGGUGCAGUGAAGCAAAGAAACAACCUUUAGCGUCUCUCUGUAUCUUACACUGUUCAUGGAUUAAGAUUUUCUUGCGAGAUUUUAUCUAUUAAGCACAAAUCCUCCUCUUAAGGUUUGUCUGAAGAUUUCCUCAUCUGGGUUUGGCUAAAUCUUGCUUCUUUUUGCCGUUUCAUGCUAGAUUCGAGGUGGGGUUCUUGCUUGUGGCGCCAUUAAUGGUGUGAUGUGAGUUUCUUGCAUGUGUCGGUGAACAUCCGCCAUGAAAACUCAUCUGAAGACGAAGCUUUUUGUUCUGCCACUUGUUUGUUGUAUUGCCUCUGUGGUUUUUUCUGCCACGGAUCCUAAUGACCUUGACAUUCUCAACGAGUUUCGGAAGGGAUUACAGAAUCCAGAGCUUCUACAGUGGCCUGAAAAUGGCGAUGAUCCUUGCGGACCACCUAGCUGGAAACACGUGUUCUGCGAAAACACCAGAGUUACUCAGAUUCAGGUUCAGGGUCUGGGUCUGAAGGGCCCUUUACCCCAGAAUCUGAACAAGCUCACUGAGCUCAUCAAUGUGGGUCUUCAAAGGAAUCAAUUUUCAGGGAAAUUACCAUCUUUUAGGGGCUUAGGCAAAUUGCAGUUUGCUUAUCUUGAUUACAAUGCUUUUGAUUCGAUCCCUGGAGAUUUCUUUGAUGGGCUUUCAAGUCUUCAAGCUCUGGCAUUGGAUCACAACAACUUCAAUGCGACCACCGGUUGGAUGUUCCCUGAAUCAUUGCAGGGCUCUUCACAGCUUUCUAAUCUUUCUUGUACAAGUUGCAAUCUUGCCGGUUCAUUGCCUGGUUUUCUCGGAAACAUGUCGUCUUUGACGAAUCUGAGGCUAUCUGAAAACAGCUUGUCUGGUGAGAUUCCACCGAGCUUUGGACAGUUACAGCUAAGGACAUUGUCUCUGAACAAUCAGCAUGGCAGUGGCUUAACAGGUCGUAUCGAUGUCUUGGCAUCGAUUAGUUCUCUUGAAGUUCUUUGGCUGCAUGGAAAUCAAUUCACUGGUCCAAUCCCUGAGAGUAUAGGUAAUUUGACUCUUUUGAAAGAUCUUGAUCUCAAUGGUAAUAAACUUGUUGGCUUGAUCCCACAGAGCUUGGCUGAUCUGUUAUUGGAUCGUCUGGUUUUGAACAAUAACCUUCUCAUGGGUCCAAUUCCUGAGUUUAAAGCCACCAAUGUGACUUAUGCCGAGAAUGCAUUCUGUCAAACCAAAGAAGGGAUUGCUUGUGCUCCAGAGGUAAUGGCCCUUAUUGAGUUCCUUCAUGAGUUGAAUUACCCUCCAAGGCUUGUCUCUGAAUGGGUUGGUAAUGAUCCAUGUGGAGGAUCUUGGCUUGGCUUGAGAUGUAAUGCCGAUGGAAAGAUCGAGAUCAUGAACUUGCCUAGGCUUAAUCUUACCGGUACAUUGAGUCCUUCCGUUGCAAAAUUAGGUUCAGUUUCUCAGAUUAGACUUCAGUCUAACCGUAUAAACGGUCCAAUUCCUGAAAAUUGGACAAGCCUGAAGUCCCUCAAGACUUUGGAUCUUAGCAGCAACAACAUAUCUCCACCCUUACCAAAGUUUAGCAAGACUGUAGAUUUUGUCAUAGACGGGAACCCUUUACUGUCCAAACAUAAGUCUCCUACAUCUCCCUCACCCGUGGAAAACCCGCCUUCUAGUAGUUCAGAAGAAUCUCCGAUGGAUCAUACUCGUUCUUCACCAGCCAAAGGCCCUUCCUUUUCUCCUCAUCAUAAUCCUACCGGUAAUGUAAACCGAGCAAAAGGUGCUAAAAAUCCUAUCUUUCUCGUCGUUGUUGCUCUUUUAGCGAGUGUUGCUGUCAUUGCUCUAGUUGUUGUUCCUCUGUCCAUUUAUUGUUGUGCAAAGAGGAGAAGAACGCAUGACGUAGCUCCAAAUUCCUUGGUGAUUCACCCGAGAGACCCAUCUGAUUCAGAAAACAUGGUUAAGAUUGCUGUUCUGAACAACGUUAAUGGAAGCGCUUCCACGGGAAGCGGUUCUGCAAGCAGGAACAGUUACAGCUUGGCUGAUACUCAUGUCAUCGAGUCUGGAAAUCUAGUUAUAUCAGUGCAAAUCCUCAGAAAUGUGACAAAGGGUUUUGCUCCGGAGAAUGAGCUUGGCCGAGGUGGAUUUGGCAUUGUAUAUAAAGGAGAGUUAGAGGACGGGACCAAAAUAGCUGUAAAGAGAAUGCAGGCCGGUGUUAUUAGCACCAAAGCCUUGGAUGAGUUUCAUGCCGAAAUAGCGGUUCUCUCCAAAGUUCGCCACCGUCAUUUGGUAUCUUUACUCGGUUAUUCCAUUGAAGGGAAUGAGAGAAUGUUGGUUUACGAGUACAUGCCACAUGGAGCUCUUAGCAAGCAUUUGUUUCACUGGAAGAGUUUGAAAUUGGAACCUCUCUCGUGGAAGAGAAGGCUAAAUAUCGCAUUGGAUGUAGCGAGGGGAAUGGAGUAUCUCCAUAGCUUAGCUCAUCAGAGCUUCAUACAUAGAGACCUCAAACCUUCGAAUAUCUUACUCGGUGAUGAUUUCAGAGCCAAGAUUUCAGAUUUUGGGUUGGUAAAACUCGCUCCCGAUAUGGAGAAAUCUAUCGUGACCAGACUUGCCGGGACCUUUGGAUACUUAGCUCCAGAAUAUGCCGUUAUGGGGAAAAUCACCACGAAAGUAGACGUCUUUAGCUUCGGGGUUGUGUUAAUGGAACUCCUCACUGGAUUAAUGGCUCUGGACGAGGAAAGACCCGAGGAGAGCCAGUACUUGGCUUCAUGGUUUUGGCACAUGAAGUCAGACAAAGAGAAGCUUAGAGCCGGCAUUGAUCCUGCCCUUGAUGUAAAAGACGAGACUUUCGAAAGUAUAUGCCUCGUUGCAGAACUUGCAGGCCACUGUACAGCCCGAGAGCCAAAUCAACGCCCCGACAUGAGCCACGCAGUGAGCGUUCUGUCUCCGCUCGUCGAGAACUGGAAGCCUCGGGACAAUGAGGCCGAGGAAUACUCGGGAAUAGAUUACAGUCUCCCACUUAACCAGAUGGUGAAGGGAUGGCAAGAAGCUGAAGGAAAGGACAUCAGUUACAUGGAUCUGGAUGAUAGUAAGGGAAGUAUCCCGUCGAGGCCAACGGGUUUCGCCGAUUCUUUCACCUCAGCGGACGGGCGGUGACAGAAAAGGUAAAUACUCUCGGAUAUGAUGGCGGAUCGGUAUCGGUUUUUUCUUAUGUAGAUAAGCAUGGAUGGAAGCCAUGAUGUUCUUCCUCUGUCUGGAUUGUUGUUUCUUAAAAAAAAUGUCAAUGUCGUUUUGUGUCAUGAUUCCUCAUAGUUAUGUGUUCUUGUUCUUCAAUCGUCUGUUUUCUACUUUCACUUAUGUCACAGGACAUGGAACUGGGCAAUUGCAUGUUCUGUGAGGGCAAGAAGCCAGUGUCUGAACUUGAUUUCAUGUCUUUUUUUUUUCAGAAAACAGAAUAGCUUGUCUUU